AUGUUCAGUACUCAGCAUCCGUAUUCCGCAGUUACAGUCCAAAUAGACCGAUUGACAAGUGAGCAAUACGAAGAAGAUGACAUCUCAGGCAUCGUCGACCUUAUCGAAGUGAUUCGCAUACAAGCCUCAGGUCCUACGGAGGCUGCGAGAGCUAUUCGCAAGAAACUGCAUAUUAGCAAAUAUGGAGACGUGCAUCGACAACUGCGGGCUCUCACCAUACUUGAUGGUCUGAUCCAAAAUGCUGGAAGUAGGUUCCAACGAACAUUUGCCGACGAACCUCUUCUAGAACGUCUUCGUGUCAUGGCUCGGGAUGAUAUGAUUGACAAGGCUGUGAAGGACAAGUGUAACCUUCUGUUUCGACAAUGGGCUGUCGCAUACAAAGGAACACAGGGAUUAUCAGGCAUCGCGACAGUAUACAAGCAAUUACCCCAGAAGAAACGUCCAACGGUAGACUCAUCUCGGGUCAUUCGUGAAAACAAUAGGGAAGCCGAGAGAGAAGAAGAGCCAGAGCAGGUGACACAGCACCGCCGUAACACCAGCAGCAAAAGCAAUCCUGCGACCUCCCAGGGAUCUGGCAGUCGACCAAAUGCAGCAACUCUGGGCCCCUCGACUCCUGCAAGCUCAUCCAUCUUCAAGAGAGACAAGAAAUCCAAAGGGAAGCCAUUCAACUUGGAACGGGAAAAACCACAACUACUUGAGACCAUCGCUUCUGCCUCGGUAGCAAGCACCAACCUUCUGAAUGGCCUUCAGCUUGUGAACCGCGAGCAAAGUCGUGUCAGCGAGAAUGCUGAAUGUGUAAAGCGCUUUGAACUUUGCAAGCGUAUACGUCGACAGGUUCUGCGAUACAUUCAACUCAUCGAGACUAACGAGCAAUGGCUAGGCGGUCUCCUCAAUGCCAACGACGAGCUUGUCAAAGCCUUGAUGGCAUUUGAGAUCAUGGACAAGAGCAUUGAUGACGAUAGCGAUAGUGACACUGAGGCCGCGAUCACACAGUCUAAUAUGGUAUCCAGUUCUCCAAAGACCCCACACGAGGCUAUGGCAGGACUCAAUAUCAGGGACGAGGACGCUCCACCUAAGCCUCCUCGACCAACACAUCUUGGUAUGCCUCCAGUUCCGCAGUUCGCUGGUGCUGGUAAGCAAAGGCUUGAAGACAGCGAGCCAGAAGAUGACGAUGAAGACCCGUUUGGCGACCAGAAUGCAGUCAAGACGCCGUACAUUGAAAAUGACCAAAUGACCUGGUAA